AAAAAGAAAUAAAAAAACGAUUGGUCAGUACUAUUCUUAAAAACAGUAGUCCCUAAAACCAGCGUACUGCAAACGCAAGCCUUUAUAAACGUUAGUCUAAAGGCUUUUUCCUUCAAAAGGGAAAGGGCAUGCUUUCCAAAAGAGAUAGAGGGUGAAAAAUAAUAAAAAGAGCUGACAUAGUUUGGAGAGACCACAGAGAGAGAAGAAAGAACACUGGGGAAGAGGCGCCGGGUUACGGACUCUCCCACAACUGCUUCUGUAGCUUAAAAUCUGUUUCCGAGCGGAAGGAGGAGGAGGAGGAGGCUGUCCUCUAGUCACGUGGGAGUGUCCUGGGUGAAAAGGAGGCGGAGCCUUCUUGCCGCCAAAAUCUGAACAUGGCUCCGGAUCGAAUGCAUAGCAAAGUGGUUUCUGCCUUUAAAUUGCGGGGCUACCUGCUCCGGGGUGAAGCCACUAAAUAUCUCACUGAAGCUCUUGAGCGUGUCCCUGAAUUAAAGCUUGAAGAUGCAUUGGAAAGUAUCAUUGAUGCUGUUGAAAAGCAGCCUUUGUCAUCAAAUAUGAUUGAACGAUCUGUAGUGGAAGCAGCAGUCCAGGAAUGCAGUCAGUCAGUAGAUGAAACUGUAGAACAUAUUCUUAAUAUCAUUGGUGCAUUUGAUGUUCCACACUUUGUGUAUAAUCCAGAAAGAAAGAAAUUUCUACCCCUUUCAAUGACCAGUCACUCUUCACCAAAUUUAUUUGGGAAAGCAAGAGACAAAGCAGAAGUGUUUCGUGAACGUUACACCAUUUUAUGGCAGAGAACACAAAGACAUGAAUUGUUUACUCCUCUAGCAACAGGUGCUCAUCCUGAUGAAAGCAGAAGCAAAUUCCAGCUUAAAACAAUAGAAACUUUAUUGGGCAGUACAGCCAGAAUUGGAGAAGUGAUUGUUCUUGGGAUGAUAACUCAAAUGAAAGAGGGGAAAUAUUUCUUGGAAGAUCCUACAGGAACAGUGCAACUGAAUCUUAGUAAAGCCCAAUUUCACAGUGGUUUAUAUACAGAGUCGUGUUUUGUCUUAGCAGAAGGUUGGUUUGAAGAUCAGAUUUUUCAUGUUAAUGCCUUUGGAUUUCCUCCCAUUGAACCUUCCAACACUACUAGAGCAUACUAUGGAAAUGUAAAUUUUUUUGGUGGACCAACUUCUACAUCUGUAAAGGCUUCUGCAAAACUAAAACAUUUGGAAGAAGAGAAUGAAGACACUAUGUUUGUACUGGUGUCUGAUGUUUGGUUGGACCAAGUAGAAGUAUUAGAAAAGCUUCACAUUAUGUUUUCUGGUUAUUCUUCUGUACCUCCAACCUGUUUCAUCUUCUGUGGAAAUUUUUCAUCUGCACCAUAUGGGAAAAAUCAUGUUCAGUCAUUGAUAGAUUCUCUGAAGGCUCUCGCAGACAUAAUAUGUGAUUAUCCUAAUAUUCACCAAAGCAGUCGUUUUGUGUUUGUACCUGGGCCAGAAGAUCCUGGACCUGGUUCUAUUUUACCAAAGCCACCACUUGCUGAAAGCAUCACUAAUGACUUCAGGCAGCGAGUACCAUAUUCAGUUUUCACUACAAAUCCCUGCAGAAUUCAGUAUUGCACACAAGAAAUCAUUAUCUUUCGUGAAGACUUGGUGAAUAAAAUGUGUAGAAAUUGUGUCCGUUUUCCUAGCAGCAACAUGGAUAUUCCUCAUCACUUUGUAAAGACUCUGUUAUCACAAGGACACCUGACUCCUUUACCACUUUAUGUUUGUCCAGUGUAUUGGGCAUAUGAUCAUACUUUGAGAGUGUAUCCCAUUCCUGAUCUCCUUGUCAUCGCAGACAAAUAUGAUCCUUUUACUAUUACCAACACAGACUGCCUUUGCAUAAACCCGGGCUCUUUUCCAAGAAGUGGAUUUUCAUUCAAAGUUUUCUAUCCUUCUAAUAAGACAGUAGAAGACAGCAAACUUUAAGACUUCUGGGAUUCUCUAAGAAGAAGCCUAAUUUGCUUAACUUGAUUUAAAAUGCUAUAAAAAUUAUGUUAACCUUUAGAAAGAAAUUUUAUAUGACAAAAAGUUUCGGUACAUUAUGUGCCUACUAUGUACCAGACAUUAGAUAAACUAUAAGGAUACAAAUAAGAAAGUCCCUUUCCCCAAGGAGCUUACAGUGUGAUAAAAAUUGACAGCACACAAAAGGAAACUGAAAGUGAAUAAGGAGGCGUAUCAUCUUGUUCCAUGGAGUGGAAACCAAGUAGAGUAGUUGGUGGAAAAUGGGAGUUACCUUGAAAAUUCUGAGCCCUUUUAUCAACAGACAAAAUAAAGUAUUUCAAUUUUAUAUUUAAUAAUAAUAUUAACUCAAUACAUUUUUCAAAAAACAUGAAAUAAUGAGUUUUCUUUUAUUUUCCAUUAUUGUUCUUGGUACAAAGUAAUAAAAAAAAAAAAUUUAAGUAAUUUCCAUGGUUUCAUUGUCUCUAGACUGUAUUUAAAAUUAUAACAUUCCACAUAUAA